AAGUUAGUUGUCGUAUAGAGUAGAAUACUAUUUCUAUAAAAAAAAAAUUAGUAAUAAAUAUCUAUUAAUUAAGUUAAAACAUUUUAUUUGAAUUUAAUAAACAAAUUACCUUGAUUAAAUUAGCUAACUAAAUAUACAUCUAAUAAUGUUAUCUAUUAGUUGUCAUAGUAUUGUAUUAUUUGUAUUUCUAGUGGCCAGUAGUAUGAUAACUGUCCAUGGUCAACAACAACAGCCCGCUAUAAGCCCACAACAGCCAUCACUGACAAACCAACAGCCAUCACUAACAAACCAACAGCCAUCACUAACAAACCAACAGCCAUCACUAACAAACCCACAGCCAUCACUGACAAACCAACAGCCAUCACUAACAAACCAACAGCCAUCACUAACAAACCAACAGCCAUCACUGACAAACCAACAGCCAUCACUGACAAACAAACAGCCAUCACUGACAAACCAACAGCCAUCACUGACAAACCAACAGCCAUCACUGACAAACCUAACACCACUACAGUCUAAGUUACUAGAGUUUGAAAGCGAAUGGAGACAAGAAAACGAGCAAAUAUUUGGCAAAAUAAUUUGUUCGCCAAAUACUAUCAAUAGUAAAAUAUUGAACGAUUUGUCAUUGUGCGUAAAAAAUCUAAAUAGUCCCAAACAACAAACAAAUAAUUUACAAGUAAUUGAAGCAAAAAGAAAACAAAUUGAGAAUGAAUGUUCUAAAGGCUUGGAUAGUCAACUAAGCGCCUAUAAACAUGUAAACCUGACUGAUGAUGAAAGUAGAUUUAACUUGCUCAGCUAUUGUGUUUGGCCAACAUUUCAAGAUUGUGCUGAUGAAAAAAUGAAAGCAUAUUUUGAUGCUAACAAACAGCUAAAAAUGGAGUUGGAUAGGGAACAGGCAGAAGGCAAACAUGGUAUAGUACCUAAUUGGCAAUACGUUCAUGAUUGUAAACGAUAUGUAUUGGGUGCAAAUCAACUAACAGCAAAACAGGACCAAAUUAUUGUUAAAAAACAAGAUUUACAUAAAAGUUAUGUUAGUCAAAUAAUAUGUUCGCCCGAUAAAGUUAAUACAUCCAUAAUUCAAGCAUUGAGACAGUGUAGGCCAGAAACGGUUGAAAAACCAAAAUCGCCUAAUAUUAAAAUUGUAAUGGAUAAGAUAAAUCAAUUUAAAGCUAAUUGUUCGAUUGGCUACGAUAAUGAACUAGGACCAUUUAGUGGACGUGUUGACCUAAAUGAUCUAGGUGUUAAAACACAUUUGCUAACCUAUUGUAUGCCAACAUUUGCCAAAUGUAUGAAACAAUAUGAAAGUUUUAUACAUUCAGAUAAACAAUUAGCUAUAAAUUUAUACAAUGAUUAUAAACAAGGUCUACUUCAAACAACAACAUGGUAUAAUGCUAUGGAUUGUGAGGGUAGGCUAUUGGGUAUACAGACAACUCUAUAAAUUGGUUAUCAAAUAUAUAACACAACUAUAGUCUACUACUACUACUACUAAAAUUAUUUGGACGAUAAAUAUACUAAAAC